AUGGCAAGGUUGACUGAUUCUGUGUUUGGUGAACACGUUGCAGAGACUUUAAAGUCUUCCCUGGACCCUUCUUCACGCCUUCCUCCUUUAAUGUCUGAUUUCUCAUCAUUCUUCUCUUCACUUUCCAUUGCAAUGCCAACCACCAUGAACACCACCAACUUCUUCCUCAUCCUGUUACUCCUUCCAAUUUGCUUCUUAUGGCUUGCUUUUGGGGGCACACUUCCAGAGAAUGAAGUGUCAGUGCUGAAAGAUAUAGCUAAAACACUUGGAAAGAAGGAUUGGGACUUCAACGUGGAUCCAUGCAACUGGACCAACACACUAGAUGAUGGGAUGUUUUGCAAUUGCAAAAUACCCAAUGACAGCUUCUGCCAUAUUGAGAAAAUAGCUCUGAAAUCACAGAGUCUUCAAGGCGUUCUCCCCCCACAACUGAACAAAUUACCUUAUCUCAAAGAAAUUGAACUCAGUCGUAACUACAUUAGUGGUUCCAUCCCUCGAGAAUGGGGCUCCUCCAAUCUUCAAAAAAUUUCACUCCUUGGAAACAGACUAACUGGUCCAAUACCAAAUGAGCUGGGAAACCUCACCAAUCUUACACGCUUGAUCCUUGAGUUCAAUCAAUUAUCUGGAAAUCUUCCUUCAGAACUCGGAAAUCUUGUCCUCCUUCAAAAACUGCAUCUAAGCUCCAAUAACUUCACUGGUCCACUGCCAGCAAAUCUUUCGAGACUUGUUGCAAUGACGGAAUGCCGAAUAAUUGACAACCAGUUAUCUGGCAACAUACCUGAUUGGCUUCAAAGUUGGACAAGUCUUGAUCACCUGUACAAAACAUUUUCAUUUCCUCUGUUUUUGUUAUUGUAG